CGCGGGGCAGCCGUCGCUGGGGUGCCCGGGGCCGGGCACAGCCCUGCCCGCACCCUGCCCCGCACCAUGGCGAGGGGACAGCUGUCGGGGGGAGCCUGGGGGGCCCUGGUGCUGCUGGGGCUGAUGCUGCCGGCCGCCCCGGCGGGCGCCUGGUACAAGCACGUCGCCAGCCCCCGGUUCCACACGGUGGGUCGCGCCUCGGGGCUGCUGAUGGGGGUCCGCCGCUCUCCCUACCUCUGGCGGCGGGAGCUGCCGGCCGAGCCCCCCCGGCACCCCGGGACCCCCGCCGGGGACAGCCCCCCGCCCCCGGGCCGCCCCGCCGGGCAGAGCCCCCCGGCCGCCGCCCCGGCCCCGCCGCCGCCCGGCCCCGGCCGCCUCCUGCAGCGCCUGCUCCGGCGGGGCUGGGGCGGCCCCCGGCCGGCACCCGCACGGCCCCCGCCCGGCCCCCGCCAGCCCCAGCUCUUCCCGCUUGAGGACCUGGCUCUGACCCGCUGA